AUGGAUUCAGGCAGAGUUGCGCACAGAAGAAAACCGGACAUUCCUGUAAUCAGACCAAGAGCAUCAGAUGAGAGCCAGCAUAUUCAGCAGGUAAACACUAAAAGUCUUGAACUCAGUAAGGUGAUUCGUCUUCUUGAGGAUCCUUUGACAGCUAAUUUGAAGGAGAGGCACCUUUUUGUCCUGAAGAAACUACUGAAGAGAAGCCAAAUCGGCUUUCUUUUGAAGGAGCUGACAGGCAUCGCCAAAAUACUCAACAUCUGUGCAGAGAAAGUGAAGGAUCACCCUGAUUUUGUGCCCAUUUUGUGUGAGGCACUUAAAAUUUGUGGGCUUCCCUUCCUGAAGGAGAGAGCAUCUGAUGAGCUGAACUAUGCCCAGGACGUCGUAGAGUUCCUCUCUCACAUGGGCUGUCUGAUGAGAGUGUCAGAUGCUGAAGUGAGACAGCAGAUAGUUGAGUCUGUGAAAUCGUUCUACAGCUCUGUGGCUCCUAAACAGCUGCUCGAUGGUACGGACCAUCUCUCCAAGCCAAAGCCUCGGACUUUUCACUCUGACAACCGAUUUUCUAGACUUUCACUAAGGCUCCAGCCAACGUCUCCAGGCUACAGGCUGCAGCUGCUGGAGCGCAGUGGCUUGGCUCAGACAUUGCUCCUCUCCAUGGCCGCUCUGGAGAACCAGCCCGCCAUCAAGCUGCAGCUCCUGCAGACACUUCAGAUCCUCUCCAGCUCCUCUGAUAUGAACUGCGUGUUGAUACUGAGUGCACGGGGAGCAGAGACGAUCUGUCUCCACAUGAACGAACCUGACCCGUCCGGUCAGAUCCUGCUCCGCUCGUCCAAGAUCCUCUGGAACCUGCUGGAGAGAGGCAGCAAGGAGGAGGUCACUGCUCAGCUCAGCAGCAUGGAGUGUGUCCUAUCUCUGAAAGAAGCGUUUUUUCACCAGCUGAUGAACAGCGUCCGACAGUCUGACCUCCAACUCACAAAUGAUCUGCUUGUGAUCACAACUCUCAUCGCUGAGAAUCCCAACUCUCUGCUUAUUGAGAGUUCAUUUGCCAGACAGCUUGUUGUACUUGCCACAUUUCCAGAGCUGAAAAGUAACAACCCUUUGGUGCACAACCUCAAGCUCAACUUCAGUAACGAAGACUUGAAAAUGAAGAAGUUGCUGUUGAAUCUGUUGGUUGUAAUGUCAAAGGACUUAGCUGCCCUACAGCUUUACAAAGAAGAGCGAGUUAUGCCGGCCCUGCUGGCGUUCGUGAAGCCACCCGCUGCCUCGUCUGAGCGGCGACCAGGUUCAGGAGGCCAGGAGGAGCUCCAGCUGCAGGCGCUGGCCACCCUGGCCACCAUUGCUCCACUUAUGUUGGAUGACUACAAGUCCUGUCAGGGAAACACGCAUCUGCUGCUCCUGCUGGACUGGUGCGUCAAGAAAGAUGCUCACUUUAGUCAGGGCCACAGCUUCCAUGCCACAGGAGGAAGAGGCAGUAAAAAGGCUCAGAUGAGGCAUUGUAUCAGAGUGCUGAGAUCUGUGGUGUCUUCUGGCGAGGACUCAGGCCACCAGAGCCUUUGUGAUCAAGGAAUCAUGAACCGUCUCCUGGGGAUUCUUAUGCAGAUGGAAGCAAGUCCUGAUGAAGAGGAUGUCGUCACCGUGGAGAUUAAGUCAGAUAUUCUGAUGAUACUUUCAAUGCUGUGUGAGAACGACAUGCACAGAAAGGAACUGUUCGGCUCAGAGGGAGUUGAGAUGGCAGUUCACUUCCUGAGGAAAGGCUCCAGCAGGUUCUACAGCGGGCUGGGACACAACAAGCUCAUCCUCUCCACAGUGGACUGUGUGUGGUCCUGUAUUGUGGGCUGCUACACCACAGAAGAUUACUUUUUGGCUAAAGAGGGGGCGUUUCUUCUGUUGGACUUACUCAGUUCGAGCCCCAGAUGUGGACACUGCAGCAUCCUCGCCACCCUGCUGGAGUUAUGUGACAACCGCAACACUCUGUCUCACAUCCUGAGCUGGAGGGACCACAGUGGUCAGACGGCUCCCAGACUCCUGCUGCAGCUGUGGAGGGAGGAGGAGGAGGAGCUGAAAGUCAGCCGAAACCAACAUGGAGGGAUCGCAGAUCCCCAGAGGCCCAUCCUCAGUCUUUACCAGCAGGAGGACACCCAGCUGUCAUUUCCUGCUAACGUACCGAGUGCUGCAGUGCUGGAGAUAUCAGAGAACCUGCGGUCAAAGAUUUACUCCAUCUUCUGCAAACUUGGGUUUCAAGACCUCCCUGGAUUAUCAGCAGAACACUACGUGACGUUGAGCAUCGUGAGGGGAUAUCUGGACUUUAAGGUCGGUGAGGUGUGGGAGGAGAUCAUCAAGGAGCUGAGUUUGGACAGCGUGAGGCCGAUCAGCCCUGACGAGGAGGCUCUGAGCACCAUCCGUGAGAUUGCAGAGGACACGGCGGGGAGGGUCGCGGCAGAACAAAACAGCAUCCUGGAGCAACAGGAGAAGGAGGAAAUCGGCGAGGAGGAGCUCAUGUACAAAGAGAUUAUGUCUCGCUGGAAGCAACGGGAGCUCACGGCCAAGUCGUGGGACAGUUACGUUUCCAAGACUUCAAACUAUGAGAUCCUGAAGGAAGUGAAAGCGCAGAGGGAGAAGUACAUUGAAUCAUCCAGACCCAAACCAAAGUAUGAAGAUGCUGCAGUUCAUCAUACAGAGCAUUUCGUCGGGCAGGUCAUGUCUGUAGAGAGCACAGACGCUCAGGGGCCUGCAGGUGCGAAAUUGAUGCUGGCCAGAGCUCCCAUCAAGACUGUAGGUCAGGACGUAGCGGGACCCACAACGCAGGACCCGGAGUACUUCAGCACCGUAUCUGCAAAAGACUGA